CCAAGUUAUGGAGGCAUGUUGAAUCGCACAUAAUUAAUCAGAAAAUCUUCCGCUGUGAUAAAGUUAAAAUUGUUAAAUUAAGAAGAGAGGUUAGAAGAAAAUAACCUAAAAAAUGGCUAACGAAUUUACGUGGAAAAGACCCAAAGCAGAUGACGACGAGGAGGAACUUUUACGACAGCAGGAAGAAUUCUUGAAAGCAAAACAGCAGUCAUGUACGAAGCUAAUAAAUUCAAAAAAAUCAACCAAUAUUCAAAGGGUAACUCCAAAUGUGAGCAAAGUAAAAUCCCAGUUCUCAAGUUUGAGAAAGAUGGAAAAACAAGAUAUAGUUUCAACUUCACAAGGAAGUGGCGACGUGAUAAAUUCUGCUAUAAAAGACAAGAUUCAGGAAAACUCACAAAAGAAGCUAGAAGAUAUGGUACAGAAUAUACCAAUGAUAUCGUCAAAUAUUAUACUCGGCAAUAUUGUAGAAAAGAAAUUUGAUGUAGAAAAGUACAAGUUUGUCGACAGUCAUGUUUCUGCCACAAAUAAAUUAGGAUUUCCUCAAGUUUUUGGAUCUGACAAUGUGGCACAUAUGGAAAAAAAGACCAGUGGUAAAAGUUUGUUUUGGCAAAAACUGCAACCUCUCACAGAUGCUUCAGUGGAAAUUCAGAAGGAUGAAUCUUCACACCGCAACAAGGAAGACUCGAAUGUUACAAUUGAUAAUCAAAUAACUAAUGAAAUUCAUAAAGAAAAUUUGGAAAAGCUGGCUCAAAUGAGUGAAGCAGAAAUACUAGAGGAAAAGAAAAAGCUUGAGGAAACUCUUGAUCCCAAAAUAAUACAAUUCUUGAAGAACAAGAAUAGAAAAUCUGGGAAAAGAUCAAUAGAACAGAGCGGUAUGCAAUCAAAUGUAUCCGCUGCAAACAAAGCAAUAAUAAAUACAGAAGUAUCUAGCGGUAAAAAGAUAAAGUUUUCUUCGAACGACAAGAGUGACACACAAAUGGAUUGUGAAAAUGAUACAUCAAGCAUUUUAGCUGCAAAAGAAACAGUAAUGAAUACAGAAGUCUCAAGUGACGAAGAGAAGAAGCUUUUUUUAAGCAAUGACACUGCGAAAAUGGAUUGUGAAAACGAUACAUCGAGUAUACCUAAAGUACUCAAAAAGAUAUUGAAAGAAAGCAAACAAAAGGGAUGGCUACACAUGGAUACUCCGGAACCAGAAAAGUUGAAAUGGAUGGAAGACUUACCAGUGGAAAAGAAAGACAAACCUGCACCGAAUGAGGAAUACAAUGCAAGAUUUGACUUUAAUGGGUUUUUAUUGCCAUACAAGGACGAGAGCUUAACUGUAGACAAAGGCCUCCACCAUCAUGGAGAAGAACCGGAACGGCCUGGAUAUUCUCUUCAAGAGCUGCUGCAGCUGAGUAGAUCUUCCACUCAGCAGCAACGAUGCACAGCUCUUACCACCUUAGCCAACAUUAUGGAGAAAGCGCGCAAUGGUUGGUACGACAAGGCUCUACAUCCAGCGCCGUUGAUUGCGCUCAGUCAAAAGAAUAUUCUUCUGCUGCUGAGGUUCUCGUUGGACGAUUCGUCCAUAGCCGUGGUCACGGCGGCUCUGCAAGCACUUAGAGCUUUUCUAGUUAGCGAAGCGGAUGAGGUAUGCCUUGACAGACUGCAGGGACUCGACAAAUACGUGGAACCGACUCUGACGCCGGAACUCGAGGACAAGGACACGAGUAGUCUGAUGGACCACGAGUUGGUGCAGUUGGACGCUGUGGCUAUGUUACUGAGAUCGGAUUUCCUGUUAAGAGUCAGGUACAUCCUGAAUGAGAUGCAUCCACCACCCGUUGGAGUAACAUGCGCUUUAGAGAUACUCAUUCGUCUCGCGAGACACUCACAUAUAACAGCGUUGAAUAUCUCGUCGACGCGAUAUUUGUUAGAUACCAUUAUCCGUAAUUUUAUGCCGCUAUCGACAGGUCGAUUAGCGAUGCAAGACGCGAUAAAUGACGUUUACGGAAUCCCCGUAAUUCAGGCGAUCAAAUUAUGUCGCGUUCUCGUUAUGUACGGCAAGAAGCCCGUCGUGCAGAAAUUGGAUAACUUUAAGAUUAUUAAGGUCAUUUUAUCCUACAUUAGCAGCGAAACGGGUAAGAAAGAUGAUAUAAAUCUCAGCAUCGAAAGUCUGCGACUUUGGCGAAUGAUGUUGCAUCACGGAAUAGGGCUGGACAGUGUCGCGGGCGCUCUGUUAACUCUCAUGUCACAAUUACAGCUGCUGCUGAGUAAUCACGAUAUCCAAAACGCGUCCGAGUUAGCGUGCGAACAUGCUGCAGCAUUGAUUGCCGUAGCGAGUCGCGAAAAAACAUUGAAACCAAUACUAUCUACGUUAUUAGCAAAAUGGAGCACUCAAUUUUCAUCGAUGUCUAGUACAACUUGGGGCGUUAUGAAAUUAAUUGCCGAAACUUUAUCCGUUGUUGAUGAGAUAUCCGAAUUCAGAACAACGUGGUUAACCAAUCAGAGUGUCUUCUCGACGCUUCGCUCCAGUUCGAAUUUACUGAGCGACUGCAAUUCGGCUGCGAAUCGAGAACCAUCCUGCCUGCCGAAUCUUGGUGUUCUUACGGAAAACGGUGAACUGCAGCCGAUCAUGUCUGUAAAUUCGUGCAUACCAUUUCUGACAACGGUCUUGCGCACGUUUAACAAUAGUAAUCGUCACGGUCGAGAAAUCGGUGCGAUAUUGCAGCAUCCUGCUUUCGGCAAAUACAUGCGAGACCUGGAAGCGACCGAGUGGAGCCUGGAAAGAUCAUGGUACAGCAGAACGGAAUUAGAUCUCUUAACAGCGGUGGUAAGAGCGACGUCCUUUCUCGGAGACGCGAUUGACCAACAAACGGCGCAAAUCGUAUGGAAGAUUGCCAUUAAACUCAUCUCGGCUUUGCCGGCGGACGCUACGAGCGGCGUGAGGGAGCUUCUUCAAAUCGCGCUGUCCAACGAGAAAGUGCACUUGGAGAUAAUCACCAACGAAUUGGCCAGGCUAGACUUGACGUCCGCGGUGGAUCGGGCGAAGAUUGGUUUACGCUCCGACACGGCGUCGCGGUACGAGAGAUACAUCAUUCCGAACGGCGGCUGGAAUCAAGCGGCGAUGCCGAAAGAUUGGCUCUUCCUGCCGUUGGUUCACAUAUACAACAAAUGCAAGAACGACGUCAAAGUGCAGGGGGAGGAGUGGGACGACGUUUCGAUAGUGCUGAGUCUGGCGUUGGUUCUGCCUGAUCUCAUGGAGAAGCUGCCGCCCACUGUGAGAUUCAGCAGAUUGGUGCUGGUGUAUCUCUGCGACACCGUGUAUUUGUCCGAGAACGUAUCCACGCUGCUGGUGAACGUCGUGUCGAGUUUGCUGAGGAGGUAUCACACGCGAUUGGACUUCCAGACGGAGCUGCCGGGGCUGAGCUCCUUCACCGAUCUGUUCACGGCGCUGUGCGAGCAUUUCUACUCGAGCUCCUACGGCGACGACGGCUUCGCCAUGGCGUUGCUGGUGCCGGUGGCGCAACGGCACGACGCGCACUACCGGAAACUGCUGUGGUCGGAACACGCGGCCGCGUUGCGGUAUCUGAAACUGCCGGUGGAGAAGCUAAUGGUGCCGCUGAAGGAAUAUCUCUAUCCGGAGGAGAACGACGUGUCGCUCAUUGAGAGUUACAUCAAGGCGCUGUUCCACGGAACGGUCAAGGAGACGUGGUGUCCGAUUCCCUACGCAAUCGCGCUUCAUCACUCGGCGAUGUAUCUGAAGCGCACAAGCAAGACGGCGGUGAGUUGGCGGACGCGCGUCGAGCAGUCUCGGAACAAAGACAUCGCGAGCAAGUUGUUGUGUUACACACCGUCGUUGUAAGUGUAGGAUAUCUGAACUGACGCAACGUGAUUCUGCAUCUGUUUUGUGUGAGUAAAAUAUCUUCUUUUCAAUCUUGACGUUUAAGUGCUUUGUGAUUACCGUGAAGAUCUCGUCUUUGAUAAUCGGAAUUUUAUCAAUAAGAAUCUUACGCUAUUUUUAACAAGAAUGGCGAAAAAAUGUCAGUGGUUUAUUAAAAUGAUACUUUUUCG